GGGGCGCGGUAAAGCGGCGCCGCGCCGGGGGCCGGGCUCAGUCUGCGGGCACUGCUGCGCCGGCGAUCGGCUUAUCUUGCUGAUCCGCAUCUCUGUGCCCAUGGGGCAGCAGCUCCGGCCCAUCAUUCCAUCGCCGAGACGCGCGGUAGCGCGGUUGUGGUGACAGCUGGUGCCCUCCUCACAGACCUGGACAACUUCCCCACAGCCAGCAUGGGCAGCCUACAGCUCCCUAUCUCAGUACCAGGGCGAUGAGGAGCCAUCUGCUGGCCUAGAAGGACGAAUUUUGCGCUUCUUUUAAAAAUUUUUUGUUUUAUGAAUCCUGUGAGAUUUCAUGUGAAAACACUUCGUGCAGUAUCACAGCUGUGAGCCCUGUGGGCUGGAGGUGGUAGCCCUCCAUUUGUGGCCAGCCCAGCCGAAGAAUCAUACCCUGGGCUGACCCACAGGUGUGGGGCUUGGCCCUGCAGCAUUCCCAGCCAGUGUGGCUCAGGCUUCUCCCCUCAGUUCUCCCACCAGUGGAUCGGAGGCCUGCAGCCCACACACUGCCAUGGCAGCCAAGCAGCCCCCACCACUGAUGAAGAAGCACAGCCAGACUGACCUGGUGAGCAGGUUGAAGACACGCAAGAUCCUGGGGGUCGGUGGUGAGGAUGAUGAUGGUGAGGUCCAUCGCUCCAAGAUUAGCCAAGUCCUGGGAAAUGAAAUCAAGUUUGCUGUCCGGGAACCCUUGGGGCUCAGGGUCUGGCAACUGGUUUCCGCCGUCAUGUUUUCUGGAGUGGCCAUCAUGGCCCUGGCUUUCCCUGAUCAGCUCUACGAUGCCAUUUUCAAUGAGGAGUCAGUGAGCAGUAAGAUUCCCAUCCGGCUCUAUGGAGGAGCCCUCCUCAGCAUCUCACUCAUCAUGUGGAAUGCUCUGUACACGGCUGAGAAAGUCAUCAUACGCUGGACCCUGCUGACGGAGGCGUGCUACUUUGCUGUGCAGUUCCUGGUUACCAUGGUCUCCCUGGUCGAGAGCAGCCGAAUGGCCACGGGUGCUGUGCUCCUCCUGGUCAGCCGAGUCUUCUUUGUUCUCAUCAGCAUUUAUUAUUAUUACCAAGUUGGACGCCGUCCCAAGAAAGUCUAAUUCCUGGGCUUUUUGUCAUGGGAAGGGUGGGAGGGGGGGGGUUUGUGUCGGUAAUUUUGCAUUAUAACUUUUCUUUUGUUAGUCCCUUUUUGUUAUAAAGUGAUUUACUUCUUUUCCACUUACCGGCAUGAAUCAGUGUGUAACCCGGUGCUGGUGGCACUGCCAGGUGAUGUGUGGGGAGAACAGCAUUUUGUGGGCCCCCCAGCAGUCCCCUCUGCAGGGAGGCAAGUGAAGUGCAUGAGAUGGGCUCAGGGAAAGAGCCAAGUUUCUGGAGAACUGGUCAAUGGGAUUGUAGGCUCUGAAACUCUUAAACAAAGCACAAAACAAGAAACCAAAUCCCUGUCCAGUGAAGGACUCGUCUGCUCCCCUCAGUGGGUCUCGUGUGUGCCUCUUGGCAUGCAUCCUCACGUGCUUGGCCCAUGUCCAUGUUAGCACAUGCUGACUGCUUGCCUGGCUGGGAGCUGGUUGGGAGUCAGUGCUGCUGAGUUUGCAGACAGCUGUUCUUUCCUCACUGCUGGAGGUCCAGCUCUGGUUUUGUUUUUGCACUGGGUGCUUGCAAAACUUGGCAGGAGAGGCAGCAAAAGAAACUCCUUGCUUGUUCCCUCUGUAGGGAUAGCACUGGGAACAGUGUCACAGCUUGAACUAUACUAGGUGAGAAGUAAAGGAAGCUACUGGAAUAAGCCUUUUGAACACAGACAUCCUUUUGCUUGGGAUGUUUCAUGACAUUCCUAGGCCAGCAUUCUGUCUCCAUCCCAGAACACUUCCUACAGCUGCAGCUUUGCAGUAGUUUUGAUAGUGGCAGCUGUGAGGCAGAAGGGAUGAGGCUUUAGUUAAGUGGGGACUGGAGUCUGCUGUGAGAGCAGUGAGCUUGUUGGACCAAAGCUCGUCCCACUCAGAUGCUUUAGGAUACUGUUUAACUGCUACAGAGAACAGCACGGGUGGAGGGGCAUAUGAAGGCAUUAUUGUCAAUUAGAGAAGGAUUGAAUGUGCUAUAGCAUUUGCUGGCCAUUUUCUCUUAUAUCAUCACCUGGGCUUAACAGUAUCAUCUGCCCAACUUCUUAGUGCUUUCCUUGUAGAUUAUUCCUGCCCACAGCUGGAGGCUGCAUUGUUAUUCUCUGUGGGACUGAAGCCAGAAGGGCUGCAUACAGGAUAUGGACUUAUGGGCUACUGCUGACAGGAUCGAAGUGAGCCCUGGAACUGAGCUGACAUCCCAAAGUCCCAGCAGAAGGAUGCCUGCACAAACAGUGCUGGUGUGACCAGCAGACCUCAGAUCACUGGUGAGACAGGGAGCUACAGCUGUUUGCUGUCUGGUACCUUCGUAGAGUUAGAAGAAGCUAGCGGCUAGUUACUGUAUGGUGUGUUUGUGUUGUUGGCGUUUAGAAGCAGCUGCCUCAGUGUUGGAACACUGGAUGUGUUGCACCUGUUGGCCAUGCAAAGUGUCAGGUAAGAACACUGGGAGUAGCUGAAACAGGAAACACUGAUGACAUCCAGCAGAAGACUGAAUGCUGGAGAUUCCCACCCUGCCAAGCUGCUCUCAGUGUGUCCAAAACAGGACAGCAAGCAACUUAAAUUGCUAUUUAAGAGCAGCCUUCUUCAGGUGGAAGAGUUAGGCUCUGGGAGGGAGACAGUCUCUCUUUGAGAUAAUGACACAGAGCCCUGAGGGCAGCACAGAGCUGGUGGGAGAGCUGUAAGGUGUCAGCCAUGGCUGCUGCUCCCACCCUGCACACUGGCCACAUGGGCAGCACAGUGCUACAGCUGCAGUUGUUGGUAUAGGUAAGUGAAGCGUGAGUCUUUGUGUUUUGGGGUCACAUGAACGUAUACAGACUGAUCGUGGGGUUAGGGGGUGGGAAAUAGCAGUUCUAGGAAAGACAAGUAAAACUGACCAAGGGCAAUCUUACAGAAGAGGAAAUGGAGGGCCUUUUUCAUGCUGUCCUCUCCCCUUCACUUUGGCAGCAGACUGAGGAUCUUAGUUGUGUUUUGACUUUAGGGCUGUUGCUGGCUGCUGAUCAGGGUACCUGGAAAUGCCAACUAGCAAGUGAGAGAAAUGAGUCAGCUUUCUAAAGACUUCUUGAUGGUUAAAGUAGAUAGGGGCACGGUGAAAGCUUUCCAAUACAGCUUUACACCAGGUGAGGUCAGAUUCCUCUUUAGUUCCCUGUUGUCUCUGCAAGACUUAGAGCAGCGAGCCACUUCUGGUUUUGCCAUUUGAUGUCUCUGCAGUGCAGACAGAAAUCAACUGUGGCUGUUUGUCUUCAGCAAUACGACAGGGGGGGAAAAAGGAAGGGAAUGCUGAAGCUUUUGUAUUGUGUCCCUAAGGAUAGCAGCAUUGGGAUCAUAGCUGCAGGUAGCAGCUGCGUACAUAAUUUGGGAUCAAAAGCCUAAGGCAUCACUUCAGGCUCUGAUGUGCUGAGAGAAGAUCUCCAUUGGCCUCAGUUUCCUUAUGUGCUGAAAUGUGAGAAAAGCUUUGGACUGCCAUCAUCUCCCCAGGGAUAGUUUGCAAUUCACCUGCUUGUAUGUGUGUAUCACCGAGCAGGGUUGCAGGCUGUGCUCUGAGCAGGCACAAGCAGGACGGACCCUGUUCCAUGGGGGAGACCCAAACCCUUGCAUUCCUCAAGCCCUCAGUUUUGAGGGUGAAGAAAGCUUACAUUUACGGAACUCUCUGCAUCGCCUUAUUUACGCCUAACCACCAUCUGGCAAACUGGAGCUGGUGACAAAAGAGAGGCUGUCUGUCUGUCUGUCCUAAGCUGGCCAAUUCUUUCUGGUCAAGGGUUUUUACUUGGGGUGGUGGGGGGAAGGGGAGAAUGGGACACUUGAGUUUAUACCUCAUUUUGGCUGCUGUAACUGACUUUAUUCUUUUUCCUUUGGUAAGAAAGUGACUGUACUUAACACCAAGCAAAUAGUGAAAAUUAAAGCCGUUUCACUUCACUGUCA